CGCAAUGGGAGCCGCCGCCGUCGCCGCCGUGUAGUUUUUCGUGCUCCUCCUUUUCCUCCUCCUCUUUCUCCUCCUCCUCAGGGCCCCAGUCAGGCCGAUCCGCUCCGCUCACGGAAGGAAAACAGUUAUAUAUUGCUGUCUUGUCUGGAGUCACAUGAUAAUUCAAAAAUGGCAGAACUCUUUAUGGAAUGUGAAGAAGAAGAGUUGGAACCAUGGCAGAAGAAAGUAAAAGAGGUUGAGGAUGAUGAUGAUGAUGAGCCAAUCUUUGUUGGAGAGAUAUCAAGUUCAAAACCAGCAAUUUCAAAUAUUUUGAAUAGAGUAAACCCCAGCUCAUAUUCAAGGGGAAUAAAGAAUGGUGCACUCAGUCGAGGUAUUACUGCAGCAUUCAAGCCUACAAGUCAACACUACACGAACCCAGGAUCAAAUCCAGUGGCUGCCUCGCCAGUAAAUUUUCAUCCUGAAUCUAGAUCUUCAGAUAGUUCUGUUAUUGUUCAGCCUUUGUCUAAACCUGGUUAUAUAACGAACUCGUCACGAGUUGUAUCUAAUAAUUCUUCAGAGUUACUAUUUGAUUUGACCCAGGAUACGGGAUCAUCACAUUACCAAGGGGGACCAACACUUUCUAUACCAGGUAUGAAUGAAAGUUCAUUUUUAUCAAAACGUCCUUCUACUUCUGAAGUAAACAGCAUUAAUCCAAAAAAGCCUAAGCCCAGUGAUGGUGUUUCUGGAAUAAAUUCUUCAGCUGUAUUUCCUUCAGUUAAAUCUCUUUCAGUGACAUCUCCCCAGGCUAUAUCAUCAAAAGGUACAAAUACCUCAUCAAAUCAAUCUAAAAAUGGAACACCUUUUCCAAGAGCUUGUCCAAAGUGCAAUAUUCAUUUUAAUCUUUUGGAGCCUUUGAAAAAUCACAUGAAGUACUGUUGUCCAGACAUGAUAAAUAAUUUUUUAGGACUGGCUAAAACAGAAUUUUCAAGUACAGCAAAUAAAAAUAAGACUGUUGAUUCAGAGAAAGGAAAAUUGAUCAUGUUAGUUAAUGACUUUUAUUAUGGAAAACAUGGAGGAGAUGUUCAAGAAGAACAGAAGACUCACACAACCUUUAAGUGCUUCAGUUGCCUGAAAAUUCUUAAAAAUAAUAUUAGGUUUAUGAACCACAUGAAACACCACUUGGAACUUGAGAAGCAGAGCAGUGAGAGCUGGGAAAACCACACCACCUGCCAGCAUUGCUACCGUCAGUUUCCCACACCAUUUCAACUGCAGUGUCACAUUGAAAGCACACAUACACCCCAUGAAUUUUCUACCAUUUGCAAAAUCUGUGAAUUAUCAUUUGAAACAGAGCAUAUUCUUUUACAACAUAUGAAGGACAAUCAUAAGCCCGGUGAAAUGCCAUAUAUUUGCCAGGUUUGCAAUUAUAGAUCAUCAUCAUUUUCUGAUGUAGAAACUCAUUUUAGAACAUCGCAUGAAAACACUAAGAACUUGCUAUGUCCAUUUUGCCUCAAAGUUAUUAAAAUUGCAACACCCUACAUGCAUCAUUAUAUGAAGCAUCAGAAAAAAGGAAUACAUCGUUGUACAAAAUGCAGACUGCAAUUUUUGACAUGCAAAGAGAAAAUGGAUCACAAGACUCAGCAUCAUAGAACAUUUAUAAAACCUAAACAACUAGAAGGAUUGCCUCCUGGAACAAAAGUUACUAUUCGAGCUUCAGUUGGACCUCUUCAGUCAGGAUCUUCAACUACACCUUCCAUUAGUGCAAGCACUUCUACCCUUCAGCUCUCACCUCCAAGGACUAAAAAUAUAACUGCUAAAAAUCCCACAAAAUCUAACACAAGCAAACCUAAUACAACUAAACCCAAUACAAGUAAACCUAAUGCAAGUAAGCCUAAUGGAAGUAAAUCUAAAUAUAAAUCAAAAAUCUCUAAUAUGCAAAAGAAACAAAGCACAUUGGCUAGUAGCAAUAAAAAAAGUAAAGUCAAUACAGCAUUGAGGAACUUAAGGUAUCGUCGGGGAGUUCACAAGUGCAUUGAAUGUUGUUCCGAAAUAAAAGAUUUUGCAAACCACUUUCCUACGUAUGUCCAUUGUAGUUUUUGCAGAUACAACACUAGCUGUAGCAAAGCCUAUGUAAAUCAUAUGAUGAGCUUUCAUAGUAACCGUCCAAGUAAAAGGUUUUGUAUUUUUAAGAAGCAUUCAGAAGAUCUCAGGGGCAUUACUCUAGUGUGCCUUAAUUGUGAUUUCAUAGCUGAUGUUUCUGGCUUAGAUAAUAUGGCCACACACUUAAGUCAACAUGAAACUCAUACUUGUCAAGUUGUACUAGAGAAAGUUUCUGUUUGUAUCCCAACUUCUGAACAUCUUUCUGAAUUGAAAAAUGAAGCUCCCACUAAGGAACAAGAACCUGUGUCUGAGGAAAUUACAAGACCUAAUAUGGCUGAAGGAGAAAGAGAAACAUCAAAUUCUGAAAGUAAACAAGAUAAAGCUUCUUCAGAGGAAGAAAAAAGUGGAUGUGAUACAAAUUCAUUUCAAGGCUCAUUAGCAACAGAAAAUGAAGAAAGCAUAACAGUGUCAAAUAAGGAAAAUGAUACCUGUCUUGAAGACCAGAAAACUGGGUUAAAGAAUGUCUUCAGUCAUGAUUCAAAUAUUGACACAGAUAAAGUAGAAAAGGAAAAGCAAAUACAGCACAUUUAUCAGAAAAUGGAGUUGAAGACGUGCCAAAGUUCAGGAAACAUAAUGUCAUGUGAUCAGAAUGAAGAUUCCAACUCCAGUCAAGCUAGGUUUUCUUCAAAGAAUAUUAAGAAUUUGCGGUUAACAUCUGGUGAUGUUAGCAUUGAUCAGUUUUUGAGAAAAAGAGAUGAACCUGAAUCUGUUAGUUCUGAUGUUAGUGAGCAAGGCAGUAUUCACUUAGAACCUUUGACUCCAUCAGAGGUACUUGAGUAUGAAGCCACAGAGAUUCUUCAGAAAGGUAAUGGUGAUCCUUCAGCCAUGACUGAUGAAGUAGUGUCUGAUCAAACUGACAGUGUUCCUGGAGAAAAUAGCCCUAGCACAACAGAGACAACAGUAGACCUGGCAGAUGAAAAAGAAAGAAGUUGAAAUUUAUUAGUCAUUCUAAGUUUAGUGUACCAACGGUAAAAAUAUUUGGAACAGUGCUAUCAGGUGAGCUCAGUGGUGCUGUUCUACAGAGGUCAGAAAUAGGAAAAUGUGAGGGAAGUCAUUCAUAUACACUUGACCUGUAUGUUCAAUCCAUGUUAUUAAAGAUAUCGAUUCACCCAUAAUAGCAUGAUUUGUAUGGAUUUCCAAAAAGCCUUUAAAACUAUUAUGGAUUUUAAUGAAAGCUAGUUCACAAUGGAAAACUCUCAUUUAACAGUUUGUGAAGAGAACUUGGUGGCCAGUAUGAAUUGAUUUUUAGAAUAUUAAUUAUAAUAAUAAAGCUUUUGAAACUUCCAUCAGUCUUAAGCUAAAAGUUCUUAUUACCUAUAGAUCCUUUUCAGUUAACUUAAAGGAAGAAAUUUGGAAACCAAGUACCUUUUGGGAAUAAUUGAUUUAAAGUAAUGGCUGAUAGGCAGUGUUAAUGAAGGCUUCAUGUCGAGUAUAAUGCUGGUAAAUGGGGCAUGCUUAGAGUGCUAAAUUAAUUGAUCUAAUGAGAAUUUGGACGAAUAUAAAGUUAAUUUUGGAUUUAAUAUAACAUUCCAGACUGUCACAAGCAUGUAAACAGAAUAUUUGAAUCUGUGUACCUCCAUACAAGUGUUAGCCUGCAAGGCUGUAAGCUUAUCUUAAUUAAACUUUCAGUGAAAGUGAAAUUAUUAAUAUGUAAAUUUAUAUUUGUGCUUUUUGUCAGUAUGUAAGCUGUGCAAAAAUCCCUUGAUGUUGUAUAAAAUAGAAACCCAUUAUUGAAACUCCUGUAGCUAUUAUGCUUUUAAAAUUGUUUUAAUGAUCUUUAGAAAUAGACCCAUAAAAAUGGUCUGGAAACCAAACCAAAGUAUGGUAUAGUGUAGAUAUUGUAAAGCAGUAAACUGAAAACAUGUUCUGGUUCAUGCCAUGUUUAAGUGACUUUUUCUUUAAUUGUAAAAUAGAAACUUCAAAUGGGACCUAAAGCAGUGAUGUAAAAAUUUGGUUUGGGACAGUUAGCCUAAUUUAUCCAUAUCCUAUUUUAUCCAUAAAAUGGCUGCUAAAUUGUUUUUUCAAUUGUUUUUUAUCAUA